AUGCUUCGACAGUCUCUGGCACGUUCGGCUUGGCGGACCGGCCGGCGGGUCGCAAACGUCUCCCGGACCUUUGCGACCACGCCCCAGCGCCAGGCGGAGGUCGAAUUGACAGUUGAUGGAAAGAAGGUCUCGAUUGAAGCUGGCUCUGCCCUGAUCCAGGCCUGCGAAAAGGCUGGAGUGACCAUCCCAAGAUAUUGCUACCAUGAGAAGCUCAUGAUCGCCGGCAACUGCCGUAUGUGCCUGGUAGAGGUGGAAAAGGCCCCGAAGCCCGUGGCCUCUUGCGCCUGGCCUGUGCAGCCCGGCAUGGUUGUCAAGACGAACUCGCCGCUCACCCACAAGGCUCGCGAGGGUGUCAUGGAAUUCCUCCUCGCCAACCACCCGCUCGACUGCCCCAUCUGCGACCAGGGUGGCGAGUGCGACCUCCAGGACCAGUCCAUGCGAUACGGUGCCGACCGCGGCCGAUUCCACGAGAUUGGCGGCAAGCGUGCCGUCGAGGACAAGAACAUCGGGCCCCUGAUCAAGACCUCGAUGAACCGAUGCAUUCACUGCACUCGAUGCGUCCGAUUCGCCAACGACAUCGCUGGAGCGCCCGAGCUCGGCUCCACUGGCCGUGGCAACGACCUGCAGAUUGGUACUUACCUUGAGAAGAACCUCGACUCAGAGAUGUCUGGCAACGUGAUUGACCUUUGCCCCGUUGGUGCGCUGACGUCGAAGCCCUACGCUUUCCGCGCCCGCCCCUGGGAGCUGAAGCACACCGAGUCCAUUGACGUCCUCGACGGCCUCGGCUCCAACAUCCGUGUCGACUCUCGCGGCCUCGAGGUCAUGCGCGUUCUUCCCCGUCUGAACGAUGAUGUCAACGAGGAGUGGAUCAACGACAAGACCCGCUUCGCCUGCGACGGCCUCAAGACCCAGCGCCUGACCAUGCCCCUGGUUCGACGAGAGGGCAAGUUCGAGCCGGCCGACUGGGAGGAGGCCCUCACCGAGGUUGCCCGCGCCUGGGAGCAGAAGAAGCCCCAGGGCAACGAGUUCAAGAUCAUCUCUGGUGCCCUGACCGAGGUCGAGUCCCUGGUUGUCGCCAAGGACAUGGCCAACAAGCUGGGCUCCGACAACCUCGCCCUGGAUACUCCUACCGGCAGCCAGCCCAUCGCCCACGGUAUCGAUGUGCGGUCCAACUACGCCUUCAACUCCCGAAUCUGGGGCAUCGAGGAGGCUGACUGCAUUCUCCUCGUUGGCACCAACCCCCGCCACGAGGCCGCCGUUCUGAACGCCCGCAUCCGGAAACAAUGGCUCCGCUCCGAUCUCGAGAUUGGCGUUGUCGGCGAGACCUGGGAGUCUACCUUUGAGUUUGAGCACCUCGGCGCCGACCACGCCGCGCUCAAGAAGGCCCUCGCUGGUCCUUUCGGCAAGAAGCUACAGGCUGCCAAGCGGCCCAUGAUCGUCGUCGGCUCCGGUGUCACCGACCACGCCGACGCCAAGGCCUUCUACGAGACCGUUGGUGCCUUUGUUGAGAAGAACUCUGCCAACUUCAUGACCGAGGAGUGGGACGGCUACAACGUGCUUCAGAGGGAAGCGUCCCGAGCGGGCGCCUUCGAGGUUGGCUUCACGACGCCUUCCGCUGCUGUUGCGGAGACGAAGCCCAAGUUCGUGUGGCUGCUCGGCGCCGACGAGUUCAACGAGGCCGAUAUUCCCAAGGAUGCCUUUGUCGUGUACCAGGGCCACCACGGUGACCGUGGCGCGCAGAUUGCCGACAUCAUCCUGCCUGGCGCCGCCUACACUGAGAAGGCUGGCACGUACGUCAACACCGAGGGCCGAGUCCAGAUGACCCGCGCGGCCACCUCUCUGCCCGGCGCGGCGCGAACCGACUGGAAGAUCCUGCGGGCCGCCAGUGAGUUCCUGGGUGCUCCUCUGCCGUACGACGAUGUUGCUGCUGUGCGGGACCGCAUGGUGGAUAUUAGCCCGGCGCUGGCUGCCUACGACGUCGUUGAGCCCGUUGCCCUGCGGCAACUGGGCAAGGUCCAGCUCGUGGACCAGAACAAGGGAUCCAAGGCCAGCGGAUCGCCGCUGAAGAAGGUUGUCGACAACUUUUAUUUCACAGACGUCAUCUCUCGGAGCUCACCAACCAUGGCCCGGUGCUCCGCAGCCAAGGCUACGGGCGACCCGAGGACAAACUUCAUGGCACCGGGUAUGGAGGAGGACAAGCCCAUGGGCCAGAUCGCGUACGGGGUAUAA